AUGGCGCCUAUCCGGGCCAAGGCGUUGCUCGUAUUCUGGUGCUACCUCGCGUUCUCUGCGGGCCUCGAACAGGCGCUUGUUCCAUUCCCUGCACUCAAGCCGGCUCUUGGCUUGCCGUCUUUCGACUUUACGGUGACCAAGGUGGGACGCGCUUCGAAGACGACCAUUACCCCCGCUCCGGUUCCCAUUGCCUCAACCGCUACACAGACUGUUGUGACCACCAGCACCGACCUCCCUGUCACGGACACCUCGACUGUCUCCACUACACCCCGCGUGACGCAGACUGACACCGCCACUGCUACGCAGACCGUCACUGUCGAUGGUGAGACGGUCACAGUGACGCAGACGAGCACUUCCACCGUGCCGACCGCCGACGGCUUUACACCGGUCGCUUCGCAAAUCGUCGCUGCCGGUGCUCAGCCGUUUCGUCGCGCUUUGCCCACGAUUGCGGCAGACCAGCAUUUUUGGGCCAAAGGAGCCCCGAAGAGCCCGGUCCUGCUUCGAAUCGGACAGCAGUCCAACCUCAAGAACAAAUCGGUGGCUUGCAACAAGGUCGUUGAGGUUGUCAAAGAGCGGAUCGCCAUCGGAUUCCUCCAGAAGACUCGGACCAUCACUGCUGCUCCGCAGACGACCACUCGGCAGACGAUGCUCACUGCCACUUCGACUGUCACCGUCGCUCCUCCCCGCGUAUCGGUGACGGAGACGAGCACCGCUCCUACCUCGACGAGCACUGUCUCCACCACCACUACCCAGACUGAAACAGCGUCGACGUUGGCGACCGCCACAACCACCGCUUACACCGUCCGGGCUAUCAACAACCUCGUCAGUCGCAUCGACUCUAGGCCCAUUGAUGGAGGGGGGUUAAACGGCGAUAUCGCCGGCAUCAACGCGGCCAGCGCCAUGGAGGGUUGUGAAGCGUGUCAGCGUGACACUAGAUGCCAGCCUUCUUUCUUCUAUGCCACCACAGCAUGCUACCUUUUCAUCGCGGACACGUGCCCAGCCCCACAUACAGCUUAUUUGUCCGACGGGAACGAGGUGUUCACCAUCAGCAACGGUCGAUGCGGAAGCAUCGGUAUGCAAAAGGGAUAUAGGAAGACGAGAUCCGUCCUUGCCUGCAUGUUGUCGUCCACCCACUGCUCCCAAAUGACAUCGACGCUCAGCCAGAUCGUGUGGCCAAAGGGUUUCGAGCCGGGCCUAACGGACAACUUUGCUUCCAAUGAGGUGAUUGUUGCCGGUCUUGACGCUGCUGCGGUGUGGCGGUGCCUCAACAAUACAGACGAGUGGCCGGGCUACUACUCGAACGCCAGUGAUAUCCGAUUUCCCAACGACGACGGUCCCGAGCUUUCGCAAGACGUCUACUUUCGCUUCAGCACGUUUGGAUUCGCCGUUGAGGCCAAAGUGAUCGAGUGGCAGCCACCAACGGAUGGCAAGCCAGGACGCGUGUCGUGGCACGGCUGGGUCGAGGGGGAUCAAGAUCACCGGCUUGAUGUCAUCCACGCGUGGAUCAUCGAGGAUCUCUCGCACAAUCGUGUCAGGAUUCUCACCCAAGAAACCCAGAACGGCAAGCCGGCCAAAGAGAUGGCAUCGGUCUUGCCCAAUCCCAUGAUCAACGGCCAUCAAGAGUGGCUCGUCGGCCUCGUCAAGUGUGCACGAUCCAAACGGCUGGCAUGA